CAACUCCUCAAAUGAUGUUAGCAGAAGAUCAGAAAUUGGCAGCUAGGUGAAACAAAAAAAGAUGGUACUCUGUCCAGAUGCAUUUUUUCAAAAAGAGACAUUAGCCAAAGAGUGUUAACCUAUCAGUCAAUCUGCAAAUACUUGGCUCAAAAAUACCAGAUAUAGGUAAUAAAAACUCAAAUGUUAUCUAAAAACUAAAGCGCUGAUUAUAAAUCAACAAUUAAAAUCACCUCAAAAUAAUUAAAUAUGUACACAUUUACAGCUCUGUGCUCAGGCUGCAACCUGGUCUCAGAGCAUUUGAUAUUAUCCUGUAUGUAUAUCUGCAAUACUCAAUUUAAUAUGAAACUGUAUGUUACGUUUAAUAUGGUAUAUAUUCAUUUUUGAAUAUCCAUCACUCAUUUCAUAUGAUAUGUUACAAAUUACAAUUGAUAUUAUAUGUUAUGAAUUUGCUAAAUACACAAUAUGUUAUGAAUUUUCAAAACGUUUGAUAUGUUACGAAUUCUAGCUAGGCUAGAGGUUAGUGUUAAGUUUAGGAGUUAUGAUAAAGGGUUAUGGUUAAGGUCAUGGGAAGGGUUAGCUAAAAGGGUUAAGGUUAGGGGAAGGGUUAGCUAACAUGUUGCGAAGUAGCAAAAAAGUAGUAAGUUGUUAAUUAGCUAAAACGCUGAAGUUGUCCAUGAUGACAUUCAAACUCACAAACUUUGAGUUGCUAGACGUUACCAUUACGCCCACCAUUAUGCCUUAAGAAACAAUCUGUCUUAUGUAACCAUACCAAACAUAACAUGAUAAUACUUUUAGUGUCCCGGAUUUACGUAUACUAUGUUGCAUCUAGUCUAUGAGACCAGGCUGAGGCUGUUAUUAGGGUGCCAUGACAACUAUAGAACUCAUAUGCUUGAACUAUGGAAAUACAUGGAACCUUGAAUCAUGAUUAUUUAAUCUUCUGAUUUAAUCAAGCCUAUUGUUUUCCUGUUCUAUUUUGGAAAGAAGUUUAGGUGACAAGCUGAUGGGACUAUGGGCUAUAGGUAACAAGCUCUGCUCGAAUGACGGCUAUAUUAUGACGCACCUUAGAACUUGUAAAUGUGCGCCAGAAGAGUACUCUGUCCUAGACCUAUCCAAAAGGCCCGAGGAUGCGCCUCAAGCUGCGGAACCUUCUACAGUUCAUGUGGAACAGGAAGUCCAACAGCGGGCCCCAAUGUGUGCCAUACAUCCGCGACAUCAGACAGCUGCAGAGCGAGGGGUUCUACCGAGUUUAUCUCGGUGAAACCGAGUUUCCAGAGGGUCUGAUCACUGGUGACAUCUCCGCGGCAACGGACGCCUCUAGCAGCAGACACAGCUGGAGCGUCAUCCACGCGGGAGGUCAGAGAGGAUGGGUUCCAUGGAAUUACAAACUACUGUUCCACUGUAACGGUGUCUCCUCACUGCAGCCUUCAGGGGAAAUAUUUGAAGAGUUGUGUGGCAGUUUAAGGAAGAACUACGGGAAAUGUGCAAUAGUAGUGAACAAUCAUAGCUGGAGGUCACCAAGGAAAGUUGACGAUUGUAACUUCGCAGGGUACGUUCAUCACCUGCCCGAGGCCCCGGUGGAUCUCAUACCUAUGAGCUGCUGCCCGACGUUGGCGCGCGCGUACGGACACGAGCUUAUUCAAAUCCCGUUCCAGUGCGCGCACCUGUGCCCUCUGAACAGCGCUUGGUCCACGGUGAAGUGGUUUGCGACCAACGACCAUUGGAAGUAUUCGGAGGCCAUUUACGACCGUGACACUCUACAUAAAUACGUCUAUUGGAAUGAGCUGAUGGAGGGAGCUCUGAAGAAGAUGACCAAGAGGAAAUGGGAGGAAGCAUUGUCUCGAGUUAGGAAGAAUGAGAAUCAUUACAUAAAUGACAAGCAGUGACACCGGGUUCAUUCAGACUAUAUAAAAGAGAUGCACAUGACAUUCGCUAAGGGACUUUUUGUUUGUUUGUUGGUAAAAGUAUAGUUUCCAUGUAUUGUGAGGUUAGUGCUAUGUUCUCUGCCAAAAGGUCUGAACCAUUAUGGCACAGGAUAAUGUGCUCACCCCAUAAUGCAAUGUUAUUGAUUCAAGCAAGGUUCCUGCUCCUUCUCAAUCACAACUGUACAUUAUGAAAUGCUAUGACUGUUAAGAUUCACAACCAAAAUAGAAUUAAAUAAAACUUG